AUGGCAGACAAGAAUACGGCAGAUAGGUUGUCACAGGUUCAAGACGCGGUUGACCAGCUGGCCCACCAGUUCCUUACCUGCCUCUUCUUCCUCGAUCGCCACCAUAGUCUCCAGAAGCUGAGCCCCAACGAUGUCGUCCAGGAGCAGAAGAGCGACAGCAGCCAGCCACGCGCAUUGACCGUUGAGCCGAUACCGCCAGAUGACUUCAAGCAAGGCCAGGAAGAGCUAGCCCGUGACCUCGUCUACAAGGAGCAGCAGAUCGAGUUUCUAAUCGGCAAUCUCCCUGGCCUCGAAAAUACCGAGCAAGACCAGGAACGUCUCAUCCGAGAACUGGAGGAGGAACUGAAGGUUGCCGAGGCGCAACGAAAGGAGGCCGUGAAAGAGAAGGAUGAGAUGCUCGCUAAGCUGGACAGGGUGAUCCGAAGCAUCAAACGACCAUGA